AAUUGUCAUUCUUCAAAUUUAUUCAUUUGGUUAGGUUAAAAAUUACAAGUAUUUCAAUAAUAAAAUAAUUAAAAGGUUUUAUAUUAUAACAAUGUUUUAGGUUUACUAAUGAAAAAUGGCUUUUUCGGAUUCAAUGUUUUUGUUUGAGAUAAUAUUAGAGAAAUUAUCAAGUUUCAUAAAUUGUAAGACGUUUAUAAUAAGAGGUCAGUUCGCUGAUGUAUUCUCUGUCGAACUCAGAGACCCCUUUGGGAUUGUUGUUGUACCAAAGAAGAAAAAAACAAAACGAAAAACUAUACGAAAUACCAAAUCACAUCCAAAGCUAACAGAAAAGUCGAAACUGAAAUGUGGGCAAUCAAUUUUGGUAAGAAGUCAAAUAGAAAAAUUAAAAUCAAACAUGGUAAGCUUUCCGAUCGAGCUUUCUCUUUGGGAUUGUUUUAAUCCUGAAGAUAAACUAGGCUCUACGCAAAUAUUUUGGGACCAGGCAUAUAUCAACUAUUUAAGUAAAAUAAUAAACAAAAGUAGAUGUCGUAGAUCAGUGACGAUACGAGGGGACUAUAAUGUGUUCGAUGAAACUACUUCUAAACGUAUGGCCACUGUAAGUCUUAAAAUAAAAUUUAUGCACAUCAAACCCAAUACUGGCAAAUCGAUUAGUUCAUACAUAAAUGCAAACAUCGUGGGCACCCUACUAAGACCCGUGCCAGCUCCGAGACUGGAGCCAGCCCCAAGUGCCAUUAGUAAUAACCAAAAUAAUGUAGAGCCCUUUGAGACUGGUAUUGUCGUAGCUAAGUAUAACAGAAAAAAAGAAAGCAGUGGAAGAAAAAAUAAUAAAAAAUUGAACCCGAAUAAAAAUAUUUCGCCUUCAGUAAUAGCUAAUGAAAUAAAUAAUGAGUCUAUACGAAAGGAAGAAAUUAAACCAGAUAAAAACCAGGUUGUAAUGCAUAGAAUAAGUAAAAGUCUAAUAGAUAUUUCAAAAUGUCCUUCACAAUCUGACCAAAUUUAUGAUCUUGGCAUAGCCAAAUCGAAAUCUUUCACUAUAAUAAAAAAAACAGUUCAGCCUAAUGCAAUGGAUUAUAUUUUUGGAGAUCAACGCCAAUCAUUCGGAAAUAAAGUUUAUUGUGUAGGAUACUUUACAGUGGAAAAUGCUACGGCACCACCAUCACCAAAUCAAGGAACUUCUGACAUCGAAAGUUCUGGAAAAUCUGUAGAAAGCAAACCCAAGUACAAAAUAAGAAUAUGUGAUAGCGAAUGUCCUGGGAAAAAAUUUGGUGGCGAAACAGAUUCACAAAGUCAUUUGUCUAUUGAUUUACCAGCGGAUGCUGAGAACAUAAUUUCAGUAAAAAAAUGCGAAGCAGUUGAGUGUAAUGCUAAGAAACAUAAAGAACCACCGCCCAGACCAGACGAUCGCAUUUUGAUAGAUUUGGGCAGACCACAAAUUGCACAAAAAAUAGAAGAAGUUGUGGGUGGUAUAGACGCUAAACUGAAAUUGUUUGACGAUCCAUGUUUUUGUACUUGCGAGUGUACAUUUGGGUUUACAAAAAAAACUACGUAUUGCAAAGUUUGUGGAGGUUAUGAAGUGGUAGGUGAAGAAAUUGUUGGGAAGGACGGCCAGGCACCAUUCCCAUGUCCUAUAUUUCACAAACUGGACAAAAAUAAAUCAAGAACAAUGAUGAGUACAUCCGGGAGCGACAGUAAAAAAACUGGGAAAUCAUUUUCCAAAACCGAUAAACAAAACUCUGAAGCCGAAAAGUCUAAAAAAGGAAAACUUAAAAAAAAGGACGAUAGAUUUAAAUUUAAUUAUGGUUACGAAGGUAUACCACCUCAUAUUGGGCAUAGCCAAUGCGCUAUGCCAUGUAAAGGGACGCUAGGUGCCGUACCAAAACAUAUGGGCUGGCUUUGGACAGCCGAAGAUAUACCUGGAAUGAAGUUUCGUCCUAUGUGGAGGCCUGGUGCAACAAAUAAACAUGUCGUAAGAUUGUUAAGAAUGGCUAAAAACCCAGGUGAAAUUAUGGCUAAAAAGAGAAGAAGAGACCAAAAGCCUAAACGAUCCCUAAUUCGGCCUUUGCUUAUUGUACAUAAAAAAGAUGGAGAAUAUACGGUCACAAUGGAAACUAUGAAAACUUACAAUAAACCGCGCGCAAUUAACCAAUAUCCUUAUGAAGACAAACCUCUGUUAACAUAUACUAUAGGUAGAACAGAAGCGGAGAACAGAGAUAGACAGAAGAAAAGGGAACGAGAACACAGACGUCUAGAAAGGAUGCAACGACACUUUAUUCAAAGUGCAUUUAGAGAUAUGUGCCAUGAAAUUUGUUUGAAGACAUACCAACAAGCGCUGGGUAUUCUCCCAACCACAGAAAGUCCAGACUGCCCUUGUUUCCCAGCGCACCCCGACGCUAUGCAAGCGAACGAAGAUGUUUCGUGUUCCUGUUCUGAAGCAGAGUCACGGGAAGCUUCCGAUACGGAUUCUGACGAAUGGAUUGUAGAAUUCACACCACCGUCUGCUAAAUUUGACCCCAAGUUUAAGACAAAAAAGAUUGUCAAAGUAGAUAAUUCAAGUCAAUAUACCUAUUUGGACUAUAGAGUUAAACUUUUUGAUAAGUUCGGUAACCCUGUACAAAGAUUUUUCAAAGGACCGGAUGGUAAACAACAAUGUAGUGACUUAGGAGGAUUUUGGAGUCCAGAGCACAAAUGGUUAGAAAUAAAUGUUGAUGGAUUUAUUGCACCAGACGGCCGGUGGGCUCCUAAUUCAUUUAUUGGACCGAAUGGAGAUAUUAUAGAAGCUGAAGGAGGGAAAUUCCAAAUAGCUAACGGGAAAUGGUUGGUUAUAGGAAUAGAUGGUUAUGUUGAUGCUCAGAACAAAUGGCGCGCCUAUUCGAGGCCGCGAGCUCCGCCUCAGGAGAAAAAGAAAGUUAUUAAAAAAGAUAAAGGUGCGGCCGGCGACAAGAAGGCCAAGCCGGUGUCCAGCAAACCUUCUGAAGUGUUCAGCUGUUUCGGAGACGUAUCCCCUAAAUUCUUAUCUGAAUUGGGUAUUGUGGGGCAUGGGACGGAUAAGAAACAACUGUAUGCGGCUCUGAAAGAUUUGAUAGCGCGAGGCGAACAGGUGAAGAUUCCCGAGCGGCCUCUAGUGCCCCGUUUGCCGCCAGGCAAGGGAAGAAAGAUUCAGAUACGUACUCCUAAUAUAUACGACGCUCGAAACCUAAAGUGUCAACAUCCUACACCUUCGUCUAAGGGAAUUUUGGCUGUUAAUACUGAAGGCGAUAAGGUCUAUUUUAAGAUGAAGGAUGCUAAAAAUAGGAGGCCGAAGCAGCGGUUAGAAGAUUUGACCCGGCGAGGUAUUAGUUUAAGUUCUUUCCAUGUGCCGUGUUUCCAUUCUUUUAUCAAUGCUGAGAUGAUGAAGAAGCAACUACAAGAGAAGAUGAUUGCUUCGAAUCCACACAAUAAGAGCGUUGCGACAGAAGCUCAUCCCGGUAACGUUCUCGUGUAUCCCGGCAACUUGCGUCCCACAACAUAACCAAGACAUUAAUGUUUAGGAAUAGGAAUUUGUGAUGUUAAUGUUAAUUUAUAGGAAAUAAGUAGAAAUUGUUUUCAUUUGGUAUUGUACUAAGUUAAAUUGGUAACGUUAUAUAAUGUAAGUUGUUUUAAAUAUAUAUUUUGAACCGUUAAA